AUGGCCCCCGACAACUCCUCCCUCCUGCCCCCCUUCCCCAGCAACUUCUCCGCCGCCGGCGCCGCCGCCGCCGCUCCCAAUGGCUCGGUGGCAGAGAGGCCAGCCCCUUAUACCAACGUGAUCAUGCCCAGCCUGUUCAGCAUCAUCUGCUUCCUGGGUGUUGUUGGGAACCUCAUUGUCAUCUACACCAUUGUCAAGAAGAAGAAGCUGAGGUGCAAACAGACCGUGCCUGACAUCUUUAUCUUCAACCUCUCCAUCGUGGACCUGCUCUUCCUGCUGGGCAUGCCCUUCCUCAUCCACCAGCUCCUCGGCAAUGGCUCUUGGUACUUUGGAGCUCCUCUGUGCACCAUCAUCACUGCUUUGGACACUAACAGUCAAAUCACCAGCACCAACAUCCUGACAGUAAUGACCCUUGACCGUUACCUGGCAACUGUCUACCCUCUGAAAUCCACCUAUGUCCGAACACCCUGUGUAGCAGCCUUAGUCAUCUGUUUGGUGUGGCUCCUAUCCUUCCUUACAAUCAUUCCCGUGUGGAUGUACACUGGCCUGAUGCCUCUGGAUGAUGGGACUGUCCGCUGUGCUCUCCUCCUUCCCAACCCCGAGACUGAUAUCUACUGGUUCACCCUCUACCAGUUCAUGCUGGCCUUUGCCAUCCCAUUGAUUGUCAUCUGUGUGGUUUAUUUUAAGAUCCUCCAGCACAUGGCUACCACCGUGGUCCCCCUGCCCCAGAGGAGCCUCCAGGUACGUACCAAGAAAGUCACCCGCAUGGCUGUUGCCAUCUGCUCUGCCUUUUUCAUUUGCUGGGCCCCCUUCUACAUCCUGCAGCUAGUGCACCUGGGCAUCGACACGCCUUCCGUUGCCUUCUUCUACGCCUACAACUUUGCCAUAAGUUUGGGCUAUGCCAACAGCUGCCUCAACCCUUUCCUCUACAUAGCCCUGAGUGAGACCUUCAAGCACCAGUUCAUGGUGGCCAUUCGUCCUGCCAAGGAGCAGGUCCGCAACAGCAGUUCCAUCAACAACAACAGCACGACAGAGGCCAGCGUGUGCUUGAAACUUGCACCAGAAUCCACCCAGCAGACUCAGUUUCUGGAGGACUUUUCCCCACACUCACUGCCUGUGACAGUCGCUGUUCACUAGUAACCACGUGGUCACACCCCUGGAAGGUCUUGGCUUCUUUUCUGAGAAUACCACAAAACAUGGAGAAGCAGCAGCGUCUGGUGACACACUUCCAUUUCAGACAGAAUCAGUCUUGUCCUCUCUCAUUGUAGGGCUCUGCUCUCAGCUUACCUUAGAUCUAAGAGUUGCUGUAUACUGCUGCUUAGCUCCACUGACAGGUAUUAGGAACUCAUUUCUAUCUCAUACAAAACACUAGGUUCCCACAGUGGGAUGAAAGGGAGAGAGAGAAAACACAAAAUGAGUGGCUGUUUCAGAAGGGCAUUUGUUGGCACUGAAGUGUAAGCCCUAUGCCAGCCAUUAGCAAGGUGCAUGCAAAUGGUUUCUUCUUGCUCACCCAUUUUUUCUGGGCACAAACUGAUACAGAUAUUCUGCCUUUAAAACUGGAAGCUUUUAAAAAGAAGUAUUUUAACAAGAAAAACUCUCUGUGAACUUUCUGAGACCUGCGCUUAAAUACUAGAAGCAAGCAGAGUAGGUACUGCUCAGCACAACAGCCUCCAAAGUGCCUGAGAACCAAACCCACAAAUGUUAGUAAGGAAACUUCUGCAAUCGGCUGUCUUGCCAAGAUCUGCUGGAUUUUUGGCCAAGUACCACCUGCUUCCAAAGAGCUGUUUUGCAUGGGCAGCCUACAAAUAUUAAUGAGUUGGAUGCUGGGGACCGCCAGAAACUGUCUGUAUAUAUUUGUUCGCAAAAUCAGGUCUUCUGGCAGGUACUGAUUGUAUUGCUUCAAGGGAUUUCAGAUAGUUCCUCAAAGCUGCUGCUCCUUAUUUCAGAUCUAUUGAUACUUGUGCCAUUAAGCCUGUUUCCCUGCUAAAUCCUCCUGCUGCUCCAUCUGUGCCCCUCUGUCUGCUCAGCCAUCAGAGAACAUUACCUAGGCAGUUUUUUAAGGGUUCCUCCAAAAAAUAAUUGGUGUGCACAGAUACAGAGGACUGCAAGGCAAGGUGAUGGGAGAAGGGAGCUGUGAGGAAACAGCUGCCUUUGUGACUUCCUGAAAAUAAUACUAUCAAUUAAAACAAAAGGGUCUGCAUCUUGCAAGCACAGAGACUUUGAGGUAACUCCACUUCUUAGAAGGACUGGUGAAGAGACAGCGUGGAUCAGCUCACUGCUGGGGAUUACACUGAUGGACUGCGGAGUCUUCCUAGGAGACAGAAUCGGGAAUUGUUAAGUAGCUUGUUAAACAAGGAGAAAUCAACUGUUGUAGAUUAACUGUAUGUAAAAGUAGUGCUCAAACCACAUGGCAUAUGAUGCAUAGGAACUCAUCCACAUGCUCAAAGCUGUAGACCAGGGGUGGGCAAAAUGCAGCCUGCGGGCUGGAUGCAACCUGCCAGCCCAUUCUAUCCAGCCUGCGGUGCCCCUAAAAAAUUCAGAAAAUUAAUAUUUAUCUGCCCCUGGCUGCCUGUCAUGCGGCCCUUGAUGGUUUGCCAAAACUCAGUAAGUAGCCCUCCGCCUGAAAUAAUUGCCCAUCCCUGCUCUAUACUAAUCCAUGCAGCAACAACCCUUGGUGAAGGCACUCGUACGCACCCUGAUAGAGCUAUAUAGUUGCAUAGUGUCACCCAUACAACCAUAAUCAUUCCCUAUACACCACACAUUUUCACAUUUUUAGAGGCAUGCUUGUUUAAUGUACACUACAUGCAUUAAACUACACAUACACUCACCUACACUUGCGCACACCUAUACACUCCUACACAUACACAACUAUUCCUCUACCUCAGUGUUUCUCAAAUUAGCGUACGCAAUCAAAUUCUAGGUGGCAAGUCAUAGCAAAGCAGAAAAGGGAAAGGAGAAAUAUAAGGGGAGGAAAAGAAAGAAAAGAAAAAUGGAAGGACAGUGUGACUGGACUGAACAUAAAGUGUUACGUUUGUUUUUAUCCACAGGGGUACAUACACAGCUGUACAAUGAACUUAAAAAGCUGUAUGUAACCUAAAGAGUUUGAGAACCACUGAUCUACCUGCAUACACUGCUGAAAGUGUGCAUACACCCCCCCAUGCCGGAGCUGUAUUCUCUAGUACUGAGACAGAGGUCUUUGUCUCUGGAGGACAAAUCCAGACCGGUGGAUAUGGAGACAGGGGAACUGUAAUAGAUGCUUUUUGGUUGCAUGACAUUUUCAACUCUCUCAUCCAGAUCCUAGCAAGUAUUUUAUUGCAGCUACAUGGUCUUUGAUCAAUCACUUCCUUGAGGGUAUAACAACAAAUAUUAGGUAAGGGGCAAGGAUUUUGUUAAGAAAAUGUUCUCCUCGAGAUGGGUGCCAAGGUCCUGUCUCUUCCUUUAGCCCAGUAAGGAAGGCUUGUAAUAAGUCUUUUGGUGGCAGGGGUUGCGUAGCUUGAUUCAAAUUCAUUUUCUGAUGGGAUGAACCUGGAGCUCAGUUAUCAAACUGCUCCUUGCUUCCUGAUUGUCAGGGGCUGGGGCUGUUGUGGAGGUAGGGGGCUGAGUCUCUGAGACAGAUAUGACCUGUCAUGUUCAAUAGCCCUCCCUUUAUUGAGACUGGAUCUAGAGGAUUCAUGAAAUCAAGUCACAAGUGGUUUCUUUUCCCAGUCUUGUUUCUAAAGUUAGAGGAGUCUGAACUUCAUCCCUGCCAGAUCCUCUGCCAGGGAGGGAGUUGAAGGGUCACACGUGUGUGGGCCCCAAGCAAACAGCUGAAACACAUGCUAGAAUUGGAAGAGAGCUAUUAGAUCCCCUUGUGCAUCUCCGUGGGAUAUAGGCAAGACUGAGACUGCUUCUGACUGGCUGUGAUUAGUAACGGGUACAGUCAAUCUCUGAUUGAAGCUAUAUCCAUGCAUCCAGAGAUGGAGAGUAGCAGCAGCAAUGAGUAGAAACAGUGGGUGGUACAAGUCAGAAAGACAGGGAAUUCCCAGGACUCCAAUAAGCAGAGUUGCUACACAUGUGAAUUAGGCUACACCUAAACAUUGCAUUUGUCCUGGGAGAAACCAUUUUAUUUCAGAACAAAGUGCAAUAGGUCACAUGUCUAUGACUAUUGUCCCGGGACAAACCCUAAAAAGGUUCAUGGGAUAAGAAGUGCUAACACUUUAUCCAGGGACAUCAUGAAGUGCAUCUGAACAGUUGCCCUGAGACUGCAUCACUGAAUCAAUGGCAGAAAAAACAGCAGUGCAUUCAGCCGCUCGCUAAACCCUGACCGGAAAUGCGAUGUAUGUACAACUGAUCCCAGGACAUUUCUGUUCUGGGAUAAACACAGGCACAACUUGUCCUGGAACAAAUACAAUGUUUGCUCCUCGCCUUGCUGUAGAGACUCUCUCACCUGGCAGGGUCAGGUAUUUUCCAUGCCACUCUGGCCGUACAGCACAGACCUCUCAAAGGACAAAGACAGACAAGGUUCAAAUUUCAAAUCUUUCCCCAGAGUUCCCAGUCUACAUCGCAAUCGUGCAUAUGUGCAUAGUUGUCUGUCUAUCUGUGAAGGCUUGAGCUGGAAGUGUCAGUGGGUUGUGGGAGCCCCAGGCUUCCUGUGUGCUUCAUGCUGCUGGUAUCUGGCUCUCAGAGAGUGCUACAUUGAAGAUGUUGUCCCAUGUACAAUAAAGGUGUUUGU